GACAGGCCCUAGUGUGUGUACUCAGUCGUCUCCGGCCUGGACGGACGCGUCUCGAUCCGAUUCAUAUCCAAUCUCUCUUCCCUCGCAGAGACAGAACACGCAGCACACGCAGCAAGCCGUCGGUCGGGCCAGUCGCAGCCACGAUGUCAGAUCGUCACAGCCACGAGGCAGGCUCGGCAGAGGGAGGGAGAAGAUCAGGAGGAGGAGGAGGAGGAGGAGCAGGGGCUGUAGGAGGAGCAGGGGAAGGAGCAGGAGGGAGCGGUGGCUUUCGAUACGAGGCCGGUUCGUCGGCAUUCAGCGAUGCGCUCGCGUCGACGCAGGCCUACUUUUCGCCCUUUCUCGGCUCCUCGAGCGGCAACGACGGCCACGCAGGCAUGCCAGAGCACAACCGCCUCCUCGCCGAGGUGGCGCCCCACAUUAUGCGCCCACGGAUCCUGAGUGCCGCUGUCGCCGCCGGCAACACCGUCUCGCAAAACGUCAGCAGCUCCGCCCUCGUGGGCUUCCUCCCGCUGAGCCGGCCCGGUUCGGGCGGCCUGAGCCUCAGCCACCCGGCACGGUCCCUCAUCAGGCUCGGCAAUUCGCUGCGCCAGGGUCCCGUCACGGCGAGGGACUUACAUGCGCUCGAGAGCUCCUACCAGAUCCUCGCCACCGCCGCCAACGAGGGCGAGGUCGAGGAGCCGAGGGGCGUUGCACGCGAGGUCUCGCUCCUCCGCGGCUUCCAGGCCACGAUGCCGUCGAGCCUCGAGGGCAGGGCGAGGCGACGUAAAGCGCGGGGGCGCGAUGGACCGCACCUGGGCCUCAAGGCUAUGAGCGACAGCGCCCGGGGUCUCCUCACCAACGGUGGCAGCAGCAGCAGCAGCACCGGCGCCGCUUCCGAAGGCGCCUCUGCCGCGGCGGUGGCGGCGGCGGCAGCGGCAGCGUCUUCUGUGCCCGGCGCCGACUUUGAGCCGAGAGAGGCGAGAAAGGCGAGGCGGAGCGCAGUGUCGAGAAAGGAGGUGCCGCUCAGCCAGACGGAGCUGCAGGCGCAAAAGGACGAGAUCGUGCAGGAGACAGAAGACAUCAACAUCCGCCGGAUGCUCCUCAAUGCCGAGAUCUCAGAGGUCGAGGCGAGGAUGGCGGCGCUGGCGCUGGUGCGCGACAACCUGCAAAAGGACCUGCUCGACCUGCAGGAGGAGGAGCUCGAGCUCAACGACGAGUUCGAGGGCGUGUCGGAGCUGCUGGCCGUGCAGAGGCACCGGAGCAAGAUGCCGGGCAAUGCAGGUGCAAAGGCUGCCGAGGCCAUGGCGCAGCCGUCGGGCGCGACGGGCUCCUCGCGCCGGAAAAAGGCAGCCCUCUUCUUGCCCUCGGAGCAUGACGAGCUGCCGCCCGGCGUCGCAUUCAUGACGCUGGCCAACCACACGGCACCCAUCACCUCGCUCGACUUUUCCGAGCCGUACGGCACCCUCGUCUCGUCGGCCCUCGACGACAGCGUCCGCGUCUGGGACCUCUCCUCGGGCGCAGAGGUCGGUCGUCUGCGGGGCCACUCUGGCACCGUCAAGUGUCUCCAGGUCGAGGACGAGCUGUGCAUCACCGGCGGUGUCGACUCGUCGGUGCGCCUGUGGGACCUGCACCGCGUCGAGGAUUACGAGGCGAGGCUGAGCAUCAAGGCCACCAGCGAGAGCAAGGCGGGUGGUGGCAUCAUCAAGCAAGGGGGUGAGAGCAACGGUGGCGGCGGCGAUGACGACGACGACGACGAAGGUGGGCCUUCUGCCAAGGGAAACGGCACCGACGAUCGGGACAAGGAGCACGACCCUUGCCUGCGCUCCCUCGAGGGCCACAGCAAGGCCGUGACAAGUCUCUACUUUGACGACACCUGCCUCGUCACUGGUGCGUCGGACAAGACGCUGAGGCAGUGGGACCUCAACACGGGCCAGUGCGUUCUCACCAUGGACAUUCUCUGGGCCAUCUCCAACCCGACGUCGUCGCAGUCGCUCAUGCCCGACCCCACCCCGUCGUCCGAUGAGAUCCUCGGCUCGCCCGUGCGGGACCGCAGCAGUCGCUCCAGCCUGGGAGGGUCCUCGUCCGUGCCCGGGAGUAGGAUCUCGUCGGGCGCGGCACCCCUGAUGGCCGACAAGAACUUCUCGGGGCCCUUUUCCUACCCCACCCCAGCCUUUGCCGACGGCUCCUGGGAGAUGUACCAGGACUUUGUGGGAGGCGUCCAGUUCUGGGGCUAUGCACUCGCGAGCGGAUCGGGUGACGGCGCUGUACGCAUGUGGGACAUGAGGACUGGCCAGGCGCACAGGACCCUGCAUGGCCACACGGGGCCCGUCACCUCGCUGCAGUUUGACGAGACCCACGUCGUCUCGGCCAGUCUCGACCGGAGCGUACGCAUCUGGGACCUACGCACCGGCGCCAUUUCCGAAACGAUUCGAUUCGACUACCCCGUAACGGACGUGCAAUUUGACAGUCGAAAGAUUGUGGCCGCCACGGGCGAGAACCAGGUCAAGAUUUUCAACAGGACCUCACUCCAGACGCGGACGCUGGCCACCAAUGGCCACACGUCGCCCGUCGAAAAGGUCAGGUACAUGGACCGGUACGCCGUCAGCGGUGGCAAGGACCACCUCGUCAAGGUCUGGGCACUGUAGAGACAUCUCAAGAAAUGCACACUUUGGAUCUAGACUCGCAUCUUCGUCUGUCUUUUGAACUUGACAAAGCUGG